UGCGCCCGGCCCUCCUUCCUGCCUGGCUGUUUCGACGUAAUGGCGUCCGCGCUGCUGCAACCUUUGUUCGUCCACGCUUCCCGCCGCUUUCUGGCUGUCACUCCUAGAUGCGCCGCGCUUCGCCUUCAGCCGCGCCGAGAUAACAAGCGCUGGGUCCAAGCUUACGUGGAGCAGCAGCGGUUCCUGGAGCCCCCGAUGCACCGUUCUGAAAAACUUAAUUGGGAUUACCAUGCAGAAAUACAAGCAUUUAGUCAUCGAUUGCAUGAGAAGUUUUCCUUGGAUCUCCUCAAAACUGCCUUCAUCAAUCGUUGUUACAUUAAAAAUGAAGAAGCCAGACGCAGAAGGCUGGGACUGGAAAAAGAAGAAAUUGCUCUUAAUCUCAAGGACAAUCAGCAACUUUCUGAGCAGGGAGCCUCUUUUUCGCGCUCGUACCUCACAGAAUGCCUUGAAAAGGCCUUUCCAAAAAUUCCACCUGCUGGCAUUGAGGCUAUUGUUAACUUCCUCACUAGUGAAGAAUUAGUAUCAUAUGUGGCCAAAAACUUAUCUUUACACGAUUUGACACUUUGCGCAGAAUUUCCUGUGUCAUCUAAUGUACUUCAACGAACUUUCUUUGCUGUAAUAGGAGCAUUGCUUCAAAGCAGCGGCCCUCAGAGAACGGAGAUAUUUGUAAGGGACUUCUUCAUUCCUCAGCUGAUAGGAAAAGAGCUGUUUGAACUUUGGAAUAUAGUAAACCCCAUGGGCUUGCUGGUGGAAGAACUGGCCAAGAGGAAUAUAUCUGCUCCAGAGCCAAGGCUAACAAGACAGUCGGGAGCUAGCACUGCCUUGCCGUUGUACUUUGUUGGAUUGUACUGCGAUAAGAAGCUUCUGGCGGAAGGUGCUGGUGAGACAAUACCGGCUGCUGAAGAAGAGGCUUCUCGUGUGGCCCUCCGGAAACUUUAUGAGUUUACUGAGAAUAGGAAACCCUGGGACUAUUCUUCUCCAAAGUGGGAGCGGAGAGCAGAAAAGUUCCUUAGCAGCAAUUAGGCAGAAAAAUUUGUUUCUACUUUGUGUACAAACCUUGUUCCAAAUGAUGAUGCUUUUCGAGAAGCUUUAUUUGUCUGGGUUUUGAAACCACCCAGAUUUCCUUCAACAGGAAAUAAAACUGGGGCAGCAAAAAGUCUUCUGUUGAAAAAUAAAGAACUUUGGAGAGUGAUCAUUUUGACAAAUAGCAUUGUAGUUUUUAGUGGGAUGCAUAGCCCUUACCCAGGAAGCUUGACCCUCAGAAAUAUGUGAUGAAAGAGCUGUUAUCUGUGAACAUUGUAAAAAAUUAAGCAACUAAAAAUAUGAAAAAUAAUCAUUCUCAAGUUUUGCACAGUAUGCUAGAGUAUUAGCUGUAUUGAAACCUGAGUUGCAAAAUCAUAUGGUAACAAGAUGGAAAGCUAUGAUGUAAAACUUUCGUCUAAUUUAAGGCAAUACAGUG